AUGUCGUCCCCGAGUCGUCAAAAGCUCGAACGCGACCUCAUCUUUAUGGCGAGGACCAUGAGGACCCGCCAAAACGUCGAGCAACUCCUUGGUCCUGAACGACACACAAAUAUCACCGACAGGGACUACAACCGCGCUCUCGCUUUCCUUCCGGGUCCACAUCGACACUACAAUACAAUUGGUACAGUCGUUGGAGCUGUAUCAGGCUACUCCCUUCGACACCGUUCCUGGGGUGCAGCCAGACUCGGUGGGGUAGUCUUCUUCAGUGCUCUCACCGGUCGAGCAGUAGGAAGCGCAUACGCCGUCUUCUCCUUCUACAGGUUCCUAAACGGCCUCGAAAACCCUGACGGAUUCGCCAGGGCACUGGAGAAUGUCCAGCAUCGUCUCGAGCAGCCCGGAGCAAUCCCUGCACCUCAACAAUCCCAAGACGAUAGCUUCAGCACGCCUGUUUACCCAGAGACCGCAUCUUCUUCGCCUUCUUCGCCUGCUGCCCCACCUGCUGCUCCUACCAGUGCUUGGGAUCGAAUUCGGGCAGCCAAUGCUCAGCAAACUCAACAAUCAUCCUGGGACGCCCUUCGGCAGUCGCACGAGAGGUCUCGCGUUCCUCGCCCUCCCCAAGAUGGCUCGUCGGACAAUAGAUUCUACGAUUCGGACAGAGCAGCAGAGCAGGCCAAAUUCGACGAGCUUCUUGAGAAGGAACGAAACUUUGGCAAGUAA